AUGAAUUCCAUUUUGAAAUCAAAUGGCAAGUCCCUCGUUUAAAAGGCGAAUUUCUACUAUUUCAGGUUAUUAAAUCUCUCCUACGAAGAGACAUUCAGACUCUUAUUCAAACUCUUGGCAUCUAUACUCUCCUUUUUUGUAUUUGAUGCAUUACGCUUCAGAUCAUAUUUGAUAAUGUCUGAUAUUGCUGUAAUACCAUAUUCCAGUUUCAGCAUCCUGCUAUUUGGACUAAUCAUUGUUCACUACUCUAAGUGGACUGUGAAUCACCUGUGCCAUGGUUUUGUCUUUAGGACAAUCUCUAAAGAAUAUCAAGGGGAAUUCAGAGACAUAAGAGUUAAGAAAAUUUUAAAAUGGCUAUUUGAUGGAGUAUACUAUUCAACAACAUCUAUACUCUGUUGGUAUCUCUUCCAUGAAGAGCCUUGGUAUCCAACUGGAUUGGGAGGUACCAAUUACACUAGUAUUUGGUAAGACUUUCCAUAUAUGAUAAAUAAUAAAUGGGCAAUUCCCUUUUAUAUGAUUCAAACUGCUAAUCAUUUGUAUGCCUUGGUCCACUUGGCAAUAAAGAGGAAGGAAGUAGAAACCAAGUAUUGGGAAUACAUGUUGCAUCACACUCUUGCAACUUGUCUGCUCAUCUUCUCGGCCCUUUAUAAUCAAUUUCGAUUUGGAAUUGUCGUAUUGGGAAUUCAUGAUGUUGCUGAUAUCAUCUUAUCUCUCUCAAGAGCUCAACAUGACUUAAAAUCAAUCAAAUCUCUCAUGUAUAUCCAAUACGUGUUGCUUUUAUUCACAUGGAUUUAUACCCGAGUGAUCAUCUUUCCUCAAAUUAUUUUGGAAGCAAUUAUGCACUACCAAAAUUAUCCUGAGGCAGCUUGGGGAAACAAGUAUCUCAUAGUGCAAAUGUGCAUCUUGGUUGGAAUGCACUUAUAUUGGACUUACUUUAUGAUGCAGGUGGGGAUUAACGUAUUCAAGAAGGGUAAAAAAUAUGAGGAAAUUAACACAUAUGACAAUAAAGAAAUUCUAAAAUAAGCAAGAAAUUGACAACCAUUGAAAAUGAAACUUUAACAGUUAUUAUAUAUAACUAUAAAUAUUUUUAUUACAUUAAAAAA